AUGUUUAACCUCAUUUUGCAAGAAUUAAAAUCUAUCAAGUCCAACCAAUCCAAUUCAGAUGAAGCUCUGAAGGUAAUCUCUUCCUCGGUUAAAGCGUUGAAUGAUAGAGUUUUGGGGCAAGGUAAAACUAUGACGUCACUUAAUCAAGCAAUGAACACCUUAAACGGAAAUUUAAAUACUGUAACCAGCGAUGUAAAGUCACAAGGUGCAAUUAUUGGAGGAUUAAAUACAAGAAUCGCUGCAAUCGAAAAAAGUUUGUCCGAAGCAGUGCAUUGUCCACCACCUACUACUACUCCUCUUGCUCUGAAUGACAUUACUCAUUAA